UCCCUGUUGGCAAAGGCAACGACGCCAUGUCGACGUUCAUCCCUAUAGCUUGGCCUCGUUGCAACCCCCGUUACGUCCCCAGUUGACCGUGAACCGCGACGAGCAAGUAUAUUGAGAAACGGGAUAUUCGUGUUAUUCGUCGCUACGCUAGAUCAUCGUCGAACACCAGGUCACUGUCGCUAAGCGAGUCUGUGCUAUGAAUGAGGACCCAACCUUUUCAUUUCGAGGUCUUAAUAGUGUUACUCUUAUCCGUAAUCCCCUGGCCAGGACCCAGCGUGUUUAAAAUAUCAUGCCCCCGCGAUCGGGCGUUCGUGGUGAGGAGGAUAGUUCAGAAGAGAUGGAUGCCAAUUCUGAAGAGACAUCAGGUAGAGCUGCCUCUGGAGUGCCCGUUCCACGAAAGUCGAGAUAUUUUUCGACCACAGCAAAAGGCGAAACACCAGCACAGACCGUCACAAUGGACCUGCGGUCUGUGUGGCAAAUCCUUCUACGCAGAGAAACACUUAGAUGCCCAUUUCGAUAACAGACACAAAAGUAAUGUUAACACGGCGGAAGACGCGGUGUGCCUCGCGGAUUACUGCGACAUCAUGAGAUGCGACGUGCUUGGAAACCGUGAUUUCGAAAAUUCCUUGGUGGACGAUGAGGCUGGCCACCACAGUACGGAUAUACAAGUCUGGAAAGAGAACACGGAGCAACGUCACACAUCUGUGAUGCCUUGUGAGUCGCGAGGCAGUUUCUCGGGGACGUAUCCGGUCGAGAAAGCCUGCACUAUCUCCGGUGGCGAAGCUGUCACCAACAUUCAGCAAUAUUGUCAUCGAGAGGACAGCGGGGCUUUAGAGAAUCAUCGUUUGCCAGGAACUGCAUACCACGUCGAAAUCGCUGGUCCGGAUAACAGGAGUAACGCCUGCGACAACGGCGAAGAGGACGAAGACGAAGAAGACGAGGACGAUGAAGAGAAUCUCGUGGAAGCGGCGUUGCCAGCCGUCGACAAGAAGAGGCGUAAGGGGUUGCACCUGAGGAAGCUGAAGGCCAACUGCAAGCCGGAGGAGCUGCAGAAGCUGAAGUUACAAUGCGAAGUACUGAUCCGCGAUUGCAUCGCUGGACUCUUGACGAAUCUUUCGGUACGAGAUUUUCAGGAAAUGGAAGGUGAGUUGAAUCGCGCGAUAUGCUGGUACCUUAGCUGCGACAGGUAUUGGGAAGACACGAAAAAGCAACAGAGGCACACACCUUGGUACCUGUUAAGCAUUUUUCUGCUCGUUCUAUCUUUGUCCAUUUAUGCGUGCUACUACAUUAUUUGGGUGUUGUUCAAUUCAGCAGAAGAAGACAGGUUGGAUGGAACGGGAAGCUUAGACUACACGGAUGGAGGUCUAACGGCUACGUCCUCGUUACACGAUCAGAGUGGUCAUGGCGACAGUAGAACCAGUGGCAGAAGAAAAGGUGAGCCAGGGGACGAUAAUCUGCCCUCGAACGAAGAAAUGCCCGAUCAUUAUAUAUAUGUAACCUAUCCACCCGAGCUUAAGCAGCGAUUACUGGACAGUGAUCUUCCUGGUUGCAGCUGCUACAAUAGAACCACUCGACUAUAAAGUUGAAGAGGUAGGAGAAGGGUGGACAAAGAUUCGUUCGAAAGUACGAGAACAGCUCGCUCGGUAUCACGAGUCGGUCCCACGGCAAAACACCUUCUUCCUUAUUUUUCCCCUCUCUUAAUCUUCGUGUUUUGUAUACCAACCGUGAGAAUAAAUUGCAAAGCGUACACGAGAAAAAAA